AACAGUCGAUGCCUGUGUGAACACCCAACGGGCGCCGAGUUGGCUGUGAAAGUUUCGCAUUUAUCGGCCAUUAAAUACAGUUUUUCGUGUUGUGUGUUUCGCGGGUGAAUUUCUUCGGUUAACGCGUUGCGUUCGAGUGAGUCAGAGAAGCCGGCAGCGUGAGGAAAACUUGUCGAUUUGGAGUGGAAAGCAUCUACUCGUGACGUCCAGAAUUCCCUCAAGAUCCCCGCUCCAUACAAACGCAGACAUGAAUCGCCGCCAGGAUAGUCGAAUGAUAACCGAAAUGAAGGAGCAACUCAGACGAUUGCAGGAACGUCGCCAAGAAUUAGAAUCUCGACAAGCGGAUGAAGAAGAAGUUUUCGGCCAAUCGAUUGUUCCUCACCUCUCCAGAGUAAUGAGAGAUCGUCAAUGGGCUCAGGUUCGAUGCAUGAUCCAGCGCAAUAUGGACUCGAUCGAUCGAGAUAUUCAAGAAACUAUAGGAAGAUUAGGAACGGCCAUGUUGGAGUCUAGCGAUCCUGGACAAUCUCCACGUCACGCACAUUUUCCCGAUUUAAUACCGCAAACUAAAUCUUGGGCAAAGCCAAAAGAAGAGCCUCUUCACUCGAGUCUACCGCCACCGGGCGAUCCAACGCGACGCGAUUUGCUGGAAGCAGUUAGAAAGACUUUGGAAAGGCGGAAGAAACUGCUUGAUGAGGAGGAAAAAAAUGUCCAAUCUCCUCGCGUCGGAUUCUAUCAACUCCGGCAUGAAAGUGUUACUAACCAGGAAGACAAGUUGAGCCGGUUAAGCGUUCAGAAGCUUCCGUCCGUCACCAUUGCCACGCAAAAGCCAGAUCUUCCUGUAAAUCACGUCAUCAGCGUCCAAAGCCCAUCGAUCGUUCCGGUUUCUGCUGAACCGCUGGUUGAGCAACCAAACACGGCCGUAGACAACCAACAGCCAACCUUGGAACCGGAUGAUGUGGCUCGCAUCUUCUCCGACCUCCUGGCCACUCAACUUGAUCUGGCUGUCGAUUCGAUUGGACAACUAACGUCUCCCAGGCAAUGUCAAAUCAAAUCCAGCCAUCAUCGUGACAACAACGGCGACGACGAGUUUCGACUAACGAUCGAUAGCUGCACGCAGACGGCCAUCCGCAACGUCAAGGAUUCUUCAACCAUAAUGGAACGAUGGCAUCAAACAGAUCGAGCAGUGGGUCCGGAUCUUCCAAUUUCACCGGAAUCGGAUACAGAAGAGAUAAUACAAGUUUCAAGUGAAGAAGACAUAAAAGAAGAAGAAGUUGAAGAGCCGUUGACUCCUCCGAGAGCAAGUUGCAUCAAUAUUGUUCCAGUACCGUCUCCAGCGCUGGAUUUGAAUCUCUGGAGACAACGCUUCCCUCCUACACCGCCUUCUUCCUGUCUCGAAUCCUUAAUCAGACAAGUCGAUGUUGCCGCUCACGAAACGUCGGUCAGCACGAUGGCGGACUCGUCUUCUUCAGACGCAACUGGAAUAUCAUCCAGCUUCGCCAACGCAUCUUCCUCUAGUGACACCGUGAGUAGGCUGUCAGAGGGCGAAGCGCCAAACCAUGUCGCAAGUCGUGGCCAAAUCAUCGUUCAAAAAACAGGCGCCGAGUCUAGAAAGAUCAUAAACCGAUCUGCUGAAGAGACGCUUAGUGAAGGGCAAAUCCCUCUGGAUGUUUUACCCAACUUUCAGUUCACGUCGUCGUUGAUAGAUGGCAGCUCGUAUGGCGAGGUCCUUAUUCCACAACAACAGACUUCAAGAUCCAAUUCGACGGCCAGUUUCCAGUCAGCUACCGGAAGUAUUGGAGAAAUUCGGCAGUCCAGCACUACGGACGAACUGGACUCGGAGUAACUUGUCGUACACGCACAAAGAUUUGAUUGUUGACAGUCUUUUCUCGAAGAUUCUGUCCAUUUUUACAGGUUGAACAAAUACACAAAUGGUUGUUGAACUGAUAAAA